AAUUAUAAUCCUGAAUCCUCACACUACGUUUGUUAAUCGACUGUUAUGGUAAUUUAUUAGGGCUUUUAAAUCCGAGAUAGCGAAAGUUGAAACCCCCACCAUUGAUGAACUUUGUCUCUUCUUUCAACUUAACUUCCACACUUUCCGAGUUUACCAUUCCGUUCUGAUAAAAUUGUUCCCGCGGUUGCUGUUUCGUAGCCGAGGAUUGAAAGCUAAUGGAAGUUGGAAAGAAAUGAGUUCCUGUUUGAUUUUUACACCCCCGUGCUGUUUAAGCUUUUACGACCAGUGAUGCUCGCUGUAUUGGAGUUAAGUUUGCGGUUAGAUAUCGAUUUCGAAGUGAAAGUUUUAACUUAGAAUCGUUGAUUUAGAAAGUGAUUCAUUAGAUUCCCUCAACUUUUCACUGGCGAAAACGGAGAUUCGUUUUUUUUUUUUUCUUUUUUGUGGUUUGGUUGCUGGUAUCGAUCUUAUUUCUGUUCGUGAUUGACUGAUGUGGCUUUGCCUAUAUUAGCAAACUAGAAAAGUAGUUUUUCGUGUUUUUUCGAUUGGAUUCCAUUGGAUAUUGAAGUUACUUUGUGGGAAAUGGCUUGCCAAGCUAUACAACUGUGGACAUUUAACGGCUUAGUAGCUGCAUUUCUUGAUCUUGGUAUAGCUUAUCUUUUAUUAUGUGCAUCAAGCCUUGUUUUCUUUACCUCCAAAUUUCUUGCACUGUUUGGAUUGUGUCUGCCUUGCCCUUGUGAUGGGCUAUUUGGGAACCUUAGUAGUGAUCACUGCUUCCAGAAGUUACUAGUGGAUCGUUCAUCCAAGAAAAUAUCUACAGUCCUACACUCGACUAGGGAAAAGUUCCCAUUGGAUUCCAUGUGGGAUCCAGAGCCAAAACGUUGUUUCAAGUCAAUGUUGGUGGACCCGAGGAAUGUGGAGGAGGCAAACGUUGAAUUGGAAGGUGAAGCAUCAGGUAGUUCCUUUUCUAAAACCAGACCAGAAGGUACGAUCUAUGGAGACUUUUCCGGUGUAACGGACUUGGAUGCUGUGGCGGGCUUGGCUUACUCAAAGGAAGAAGGAAAGUUUUAUAAUAUGGGGAAUGGAGUUUCCUUUGAGAGACCAGGAAAUAGUCUUCACCAUCGCUGCAAAGGCGGUGUCGGUCACAGGAAGGUUAUAUCGGUGUUUUCAAAGGACAUCUUACGGUUGGAUAUGGAAGACGUUUCUCAGUCUCCUUCAAGCUUUAGCGAAUUUGGGGAUCACGAUACAGAGGAUAGCUUCUUUUCUGUUGAUUCUGAAGACGGAAUAGAGGCUUCGUUUGACAAUAGCGAUCAAGAUAAAGUAUUUCCAGUUCUUGAACUGGAUGAUUCUCGCGAUGAGAAAAUAUGUGUGGAGAUGUAUGAAUCAUCUGUUAAAAAGGCUGGGAACAACUCCAGUCCCGAGUUACACUUGGAUGGUAAUGAGAGUGAUACAAUCAAACUAUUGGAACGAGCACUUGAAGAAGAGCAGGCGGCUCGUGCUACCCUGUACCUGGAACUUGAGAAAGAGAGAAGUGCCGCUGCCACUGCUGCUGAUGAGGCUAUGGCUAUGAUAUUACGCCUUCAAGAGGAGAAGGCAUCAAUAGAAAUGGAUGCCAGGCAAUACCAGAGGAUGAUAGAGGAGAAAACUACUUAUGAUGCUGAAGAAAUGAGCAUUCUUAAAGAAAUUUUAGUGAGGAGAGAGCGGGAAAUGCAUUUCCUGGAGAAGGAAAUUGAGGCUUAUAGGAAAAGUUUCAUUGGAGAUAAAUACGAUGGAAUGGAUGUUGAUAUGCUUGACUUGGAAGUUACGCCUCAAAGGACCCCUUCUUUCCCCUAUUCAACUGAAGAUCCAUCUCAUAUGCUUCAAUGCAUUGAUAGAUCAAUUAGUGAGAAGCAAGAUGUAAAUUACACAAAACAUUCUUUGCAACACGAGACCCCAUCGCUUGAGUCACGGAACUUAACUUUUGAGUUUGGGGAAGAGUCGUCAUUUAGUCAAGUGGAUGAACUUGCUGAUACUGCGAAAGCUGGGGGCAUGCCGUUGGAUCAAGUUGCUGAUAGCUUAAAGGAUGGUGAAGAGAUUGACAAUGAGUUACAAGAGAAGGGCAUGGUGGAAGAUGAGAAUUCAUACAUUCUACAAGGAGAAGCAAAUGAACUGGAGCCAUAUCUGCAAAGCAACAAGUCAAAUGGUCUGGGCAUGGUUGAGAAAUCCACGGAAUUGAUUGCAGAUGAAUGUGAAAAGGUUGACAAAGUUUCAUAUGAUGAGUUGGCAUCGUCUAAGACAAUUCUUCCCCAGACCAAAUACAAUUUGGAAAAGAAUGGCGACCAUCAAAAUCAGCGAACGGAAGGUCUCAACUCUGUGACACAUACAGAUUCCCAUCCUCAUGAUAUUCAUGUCAUUGAUGAUGAAGCGAGUGCUAAUGCAAGUAAGCAACCAGUGUUCAAUGGUACCUCGAGCUUUCCAGUAAAAUGUGACGGUCCAUCCUUUAGCUUGUUGAGGAGUGAACUAGACAUCACAAGAAGCAGCUCAGAUGCCACAGGUAGAUUUCCACCGAUGGCUCCUUCUCGAAGCAAUUGUUUGCGUUCUGAGUUGCGGAGAAAUUCGAUGUCUGCUGUUGAUUAUGAAAGAUCGAAAAUUGGCAAUGAAGUUGAGUGGCUCAGGGAAAGGUUAAAGAUUGUUCAAGAGGGAAGAGAAAAACUCAAGUUCACUGUGGAACACGAAGAGAAGGAGAACAAUCAGUUGCAACUUUUAGAAGAUAUAACAAAUCACCUUUGCGAAAUCCGACAACUGACGGAUCCUGGAAAGGCAACACUGCAGGCUCCAUUGCCUCCGUCCUCUAAGGCUGUGUCAAAGAAACAAUGUUGGCGAAGUUCAUCUUUAAGCAUUCACAGAAGCAGUUAGUUUGGACACCCACUCCCAAACCCAAAAAAAGGGAAAAAGAAAAGGAAUAUCAUGGCAGAACAUGAUAAAUCAUCCUCCAGGUUAGGAAUUAUAGUUUUUUUGCCCCACUACCAUACAAUAUAUGUAAAUUUGGGAAUAAGCUGACAGGUUAUGUCUUAUAGUUCUAAAUGUUUGAAAAGAAAUUAUUCAAUGCAGCUGACUGAUAGAAUAUGGUUGUUGUUUUUGUAACGGUUUAGAUGCAUGGAAGAGAGAUUAUCAGAUGCUUGGGUUAAGCGUCUAAUAAUUUAUACAAGUAGAAGUAGCAGUCAUAUUCUGUCAAUUCAAAUAACUCUCUUUAGCUAGCUUCUGGGAUGUCGAAAAUCAAACCCGAAUCCGAGCAAUGAUUUAUUUGGGGCUAUCAGAUGUUAUUUCUUUCAGUUCUCUUUCAAUAUUGGAACUCAGACUUAUGUUGCUGGGCGUGGUGAGAUCGGAAUUUUCUUCCCAGCAGGACAUGAAAGAGGAGGGUUCUUCACCAGUGAAAUUCUUCAUAUAACUUUUACUUUCAAAGGUUUUUCCUUUUAUGUUGAUGUGAUCAUAAUUCAUUAGAAUUAAUUUCAAAUUAGGAUUGAAUUAUAAUAUUCUGAAAUUUAGUGAUA